GAUAGCAGAGCCAACUUCAAUGAACCAGGAAGAGGGGGGCGCGGGCGUGGACGUGGUCGUGGGAGAGGCUUCUAUCGACAAUUUCAAAUUCCCAAAGAUGAGUGUAUGAUCUGCAGAGAAAAAGGACACUGGGCGAAGAACUGCCCCCACCGGCGAGAGGAGGGAGAGACAAGAACUUUCACCGCCGACUGAAAUAGAGAAAGGGAGGAGAUGGCAGACGGGGAGGAGACGACCAAUCAACCCACCGAGGAUCAAAGAAAGGAAAGUGAAUCACACACACACACAGACGCUAAAGCAAUGAAGUAUUCGCUUGCCAAACUAACCGAACACAUACAAACAAGCUACAGCAAUGAAGAACCGCUUGCCAAAUUAACCGCACACACACACACACCAGAUCACACACAACUUUGUGGUACUUAUGUUAAGUACAAUAGUGAUGCUUUUAAGAAAAUGCCACAACUCGAACUGUGUGUUAACGGUCACAAACUUAAUUUCAUGGUUGACUCUGGUGCAGGUUAUUCUGUGGUUAGGACUUCAGAUUUGCCCACAUCUCCUGAGAUGAGUGGUCGCUUUAUAUUCUCUCAAGGUGCCAGCGGUGCCACUGUAAAAGAAAACUUCACAAAACCUCUCAAAUGCGCCGCUCAGUUUGACAAACAUCAACAACAUCCCAUAAAGUUUGAACAUGGUUUUCUGUUGUCUCCCUGUUGCCCAAUUAAUCUAUUAGGAAGAGAUUUGAUGAUUGUGUUAGGCCUCAACUUAGUAUCCUCCUCUGAAGGAGUGACGGUUACACACAAUUCUUCUUCACCCACAUUCACAAUGUCUCAGACCACACAUGAGCAGAUGUUUGCAUAUCAGUGGCAACUUCCUAUAAAUGCCUCCACUGAUCUGCUCUCCACGUCGCACUCUCUUGUCACUCCUUUUUCGGAUUUCAUGCACACUGAUUCAUUGCAUUGCACCUCACAUGUGACAAGCACAGUAGAUCACGUUUAUGAAUCUCUGUUUUUGCCUUUUUCUGACGAUUCUCUGAAAGUGUCCAAUGUUUUUUGGUCUGGUUCCAGAAGUGCAGCUUUCGUCUCACUCACUGACCAACAGUUGGCACUGUUUCACGUCUUGAAUUCCAGCCCUCACAUCCCGCUCUCCAAGUCUCAUGAUGACAAGUGGCAAGACUUAGGCCCAUUUGUCAGAUCAUGCCAGGCUGCCGUUGAUUGGCAACCCACAACCAGGCCUGACGUAAUGUAUUCCCCCAGUCUGAGUGCAUUUGAUCUAAAAAUGUCUCCAACCCUCUGUUGUCCAGCCACACGCUCAUUUGUUGUGACUGAAAAUCACCUUCAUUCUUAUGCAAUGUUGUCUAGCCCCUCUGACAUUUCUCCUUUACUUUCAGAUCUGCCUGAAACACUGUGGGCAAAGGACAAAUAUGAUGUGGGCCUCAUCAGAAACUGUGAUCCAGUCAAAAUCACUCCAAAAUCUGAUUACAGGCCAUGUAAACAACAAUAUCCACUCAGACAAGAAGCAGUGGAGGGGAUACGUCCUGUUUUUGAAUCCUUUUUGCAGGCUGGAGUAAUUGUCCCCUGCCCUGAUUCACCGGUCCGCACUCCACUGUUCCCAGUUAAAAAGAUCAGAGACAAAGGUCAACCUACUGAGUGGCGGUUUGUGCAGGAUUUGAAGGCUGUGAAUGAUGCUGUAAUUUUUCGAUCGCCUAUUGUUCCCAACCCAUACACACUGCUUUCCCAAAUUCCGCCUAAUGCAGUGUGGUUUUCGGUUGUAGAUUUAUCCAACGCUUUUUUUAGUGUUCCUGUCCACAAGGACAGCCAGUACUGGUUUGCUUUUAAUUUUGAAAACAAGGCCUACACGUUCACACGCUUAUGUCAGGGCUACUGUGAGUCUCCGUCAUUGUACAAUCAGGCUCUCAGGAACAGUCUUGAACCCCUCAUCCUCACUCCGGGUUCAGCUCUCUUGCAGUAUGUUGAUGAUCUACUAAUUGCCAGUCCCACACAGGAGCAAUGUGAAACAAAUACGAUCGCUUUGCUGAGGCAUCUGGCUCGUGAGGGCCAUAAAGUCAGUCUCAGCAAACUACAGUUUGUACAACAAACUGUCACGUUUCUGGGUCAUGUCGUCACCAAAGAUGGCAAAUCCCUGUCUGAUAAGAGAGUAGAAGCUAUUGUUAACAUGCCAAAACCCUUGACGAAGAAACAACUCAUGUCAUUCAUCGGCACAUGCUCUUUCUGUAGAACGUUCAUUCCUGACUUUGCUCUUCUUGAAGCCCCCUUAGGUGCUCUGUACCACGGCAAAUCACUCACUCCUCAUGAACGUGUCGUUUGGACUCCAGAGGCAGACGAGGCAUUUGUCACACUGAAGAAGACGCUGCAGCAAUCUCCCACUCUUGCUCUCCCUAACCCUGACAAACCUUUUGUUCAGGCUGUGGAUGAGAGAGACCGCUGCAUGACUUCCGUCCUCCUUCAGUCGCAUGGUGACAAGUUUCGCCCUGUCGCCUACUUCUCUGCCAAACUUGAUCCGGUGGCAGCUGGCCUUCCACGUUGUUUGCGUGCAGUGGCCGCAUGUGAAAAAGCCGUUCUUGCCUCACGAGACAUAGUAGGUUACUCUGACUUGACACUCCUUGUUCCUCAUGCUGUGUCUCUCAUUCUUACAGAACAGAAGACCUCACAUCUCUCUGCUGCUCGCUGGUUGCGGUAUCACACUGUUCUUCUUGACAUGCCCAACAUCACAGUGAAACGCUGUUCAACUUUGAACCCAGCCACGCUUCUUCCGCUUCCGGAUGACGGGGAAGAACACAACUGUGUGGCUGAACUUCAAGUCCAGUGUUCCCCACGACCUGACCUCUUUGACGAACCUCUUUCUAACUCUGACUUGAUUCUGUAUGUCGAUGGGUCUGCCUCACGUGACCCUGUCUCUGGUACUAACUGUGUUGGUUUCUCUGUUUGUUCAGAUAGCGAAGUCCUCGUCUCGAGUUCUCUUCCUCAUCACCUCUCAGCACAGGCAGCAGAGCUCAUCGCACUCACGGAAGCAUGCAAACUGGCUACUGUACAGUCCACUGCUACUCCUCCUGAGAUCUCCCUAUGGAAGAAGUCCGGUGCUAUGUUCCAAGCUGGUGUGUGGUAUGGUCCUGACAACAAACCCUGUUUGCCAAAACAUUUCUUUCCCCAUUAUGCUAAGUUAUCUCAUGGCAAAGAUCACACAUCUAAAAUGGGGAGUUAUCUAUGA